GCACUGACUCCCUCCUUUACCCGCCCCACUUUCAGAGCUGUGGGCCUCGUUCCGGGGGCGGCGCAUGGGGGGCAGGGAGCUGCCUCUGCCCCACGGCUACCGGGGGGUGCUGCUGCGGGAGGAUGAGCCCCCCCCCGGCAAGGAGGGCGACCCCCAGGAGCGGUGGGUCGCGGUGACGGGGACCUUUGACGCCAUCACGGACUGGGGGGCCGACGCUGUCCCCCCCCCAAGUGGGGGGCUGGCCAUGGCGCUGCAGUGGGGGGCCCUCGCCCACGCGAUCCAUGCGCCCAUUUCCGAGACCGAGGACAUCGAAGAGGAGGAGGCGGAGCCUCUCAAUGCCCCGCCCCCAAGCGAAGCCCCGCCCAUUUGGGGGGCGGAGCCUAUUUAAGCCCCACCCCCUGUUUAAGCCCCCUCCCCACCUUCAAUAAAGGAGCCAGAGCCUGGAA